AUGCCGAAAGCCAGCGAAGUUAUAUUCUACCUCCUCCAUCCCAAUCAGCUGCGGGCCAUAAUUCAAUGGAAAGUCUGGCAUAACCCGGUCCACGAACGGGAUGAGUCGAAAGACACACCGGCGGCGAAAGAAUGUUUCAAAUACCUGAAUAAGACGAGUCGCUCCUUCAGCGCCGUCAUUCUGGAACUACAUCCCGAACUUCUCAUGGUUGUUACUCUUUUCUACCUUGUCUUGCGUGGGUUAGACACCAUUGAGGACGAUACCUCAAUUCCCGCGAAGAAGAAGGAACCUCUAUUGCGCAAUUUCGACGACGUUCUCGACAUUGAUGGAUGGACGUUCACCGAGAACAGACCGGAAGAGAAAGACCGCGAGCUGAUGCUCCAUUAUGGGUGCGUCAUCGAGGAGUUCAAGAAGAUCAAGGCCCCCUAUCAAGCCAUAAUCAAAGAUAUUGCCAAAAGGAUGGGGAACGGCAUGGCCGACUACUGUCUGAAGUCCGAGAACGACGAGUUUGGCGUCAACACCAUCGCUGAAUAUGAUGAGUACUGCUAUUAUGUGGCCGGCCUCGUGGGCGAAGGCCUCACGAGGAUGUUUGUCGAGGCCAAGUUCGGGAACCCAGCUCUCCUCGACAGACCCCAUCUUCACAACUCAAUGGGUACGUUCCUGCAGAAGACGAACAUCAUCCGAGACGUGCGGGAAGAUUUUUAUGACAAGCGGAUAUUCUGGCCCAAGGAAAUUUGGUCCAAACAUGUCGAUGAUUUCGGGGACUUGUUCAAGCCGGAAUACAGGGAGCAAGCUCUAAACUGCAGUUCGGAGAUGGUGCUGAAUGCGCUCAACCAUGCCGAUGAAUGCCUCUUCUUCAUGGCUGGGCUUAGGGAGCAGAGUGUCUUCAACUUUUGCGCCAUUCCGCAGACAAUGGCGAUUGCGACACUGGAUCUCUGCUUCAGAAACUACGACAUGUUUCUCCGGAACAUCAAAAUCACAAAGGGGGAGGCUUGUCAGAUCAUGACCGAGUCGACUCAGAAUCUCCAGAUCGCCUGUGAUGUCUUCCGGAGACACAUCCACUCCAUUCGCAAGAAGAAUCGACCUCAGGACCCCAAUUUCCUGAAGAUCAGCAUCGCAUGCGGCAAAGUGGAACAGUUCAUUGAAUCAAUUUUCCCGUCACAAAAAGUAGAGGAUGCGCUGGCCAGAAACAAGGCCGACGAAGCUCGAGCGGCCCUCGCACAGAAAGAGAAGGAAGCAGGCAAAGCAGGUACUAAAGAGACCUUGAUGUUGCUCGGCGCGGUGAUGGGCAUGCUGCUUUUCGUCACAUUUUCCAUGCUUGUUGUUGCGUGGCUCGCAGGUGCCAGAUUCGACAUUGCGUUCGCCGAACUCAAGAAGUCGUGGGUCGAUAUCAAGGCGAGCGGUCUCAUUCCAGGCUUGGGUGGUCAAAACCGGACGCUGACCAAUGUCACGAAUCAUGGCGAAUUAUGA